CUCUGUGGCGCCAUCUCUGCCAUUUGCUCUGAGACUCAGUUAUAGAUCGAGGCGAAUAGAGCUUCUGUGCGAUAUACGCAUCAUCAUACAGAUUCACUUCACAAUAAUCGCAAACGAUUGUACAGAAGAGAAGACCUGUUGCUGUUGAGCCAACAGUGUUGAGUGCUGUUGACGUAAUAUGUUACCUGGACCCUUUGCUGGGGGUGUCGUAUGUUGAAUUCACGAAGCGUUAUUGAUUAGUCUGAGGAUCUUUGCAGCUUUAACAGGGUUUAAAACAUGGAUGAAGAUUCGAGAACAAUAUGGUGUGGCAAUCUUUCAGAGAAUGUAUCAGAAGAAAUUCUGUAUGAGUUGUUUCUUCAGGCUGGGCCACUUCAAAGCGUACGAAUACCAAAAUCAAGAGAAGGAAAGCAACGUGCAUUUGGUUUUGUGACUUACAAACAUGAAUGUUCAGUGCCUUACGCUUUGGCUCUCUUUGAGGGUACAGAACUGUUCAGAAAGGAAUUAAGGCUGCAGUCAAGAAACCCUGAUAGAAUACAGUUAGACCAGUCAAAUCGUGAUAGUGGUCACAACAGGAGUCAGUCGCUUCCUGCACGAUUUGCCAUGCCGCAUGGCAGUUCCCCUUCCAGUCCAAUGAAUCCAAUGAAUCCAAUGAAUUUCGAUGCAUUGCUCUUCAUGGGUCAGCAUUUGUUGUCAGGUUCUGUGCGGCAAGGUGGAAUGUAUUCCAGUCAGGGAGGAGCCUCUCAGUACUUGGGAGGAUCCCUGAAAUUUAAUAAUAAUCUUUCGAAUCGAAGUCUCCAGGGAGGAUGGUCUAACAGAAAUCACCCUUACUCUCCCAAUAGUGGCAGUAACUAUAAACGACGCAAACAUUAAAAACCAGUUUUACUAUGUAUUCUUGUAAAUCUUGCCUCAUAGGUAAUAUUUUUUUCCAAAAUUAUCAAAAUAACCUAAUCUUUUUUACUAUUUCUCAUAUUCUUUGUAAUCAUUUAUUAUUAAAAGAAAUAUAUGAAUGUAUAGAAACCAAGAUGUUGUAAUCCAUCCUCAUCUGAUGUGAAAUGUGAAGAAUCCAGCAAUAAGUGCAAAUUGGAUAAUAAAAUGCAAUUGCUAAGAAAAUUAAUUGGAAGUUCCGUUAUUUUGCAAGUGAAUUACAAGUGUCGUGCUAAAAAUAUCAGAAUAAUGAUGAUAUAAAAGGAAAACUUUCCAAUUUCUGUUGCUUGCAUUCAAUUAGUCUUAAAAGUUGAGCUCUUUUUCUUUCAAUGGUUCAUAAUAAAUUGUAAAACAUCAUCUAAUGCUGGCAUUUUCUGAAUACCUUUAUAAUCCCUUCCAUUAUUCUGCUUUCCUUCAGCCCUGGUUUUUGUGAUCCUUUUACUGAAUGCUAAAAAUCAUUGAAUAUUGGAGUAUGUCUUAACAAUCUUGAUUUUAAAACUGUUCUGGCAAGAGGAUUUGUGGAAGUCUAUUGCAGUUUUUAGACGGUGCGGCGGCGGCGAACUCCGGCUCGAGCAGCUCGAGCGCCACGUGGGGGCGCGAGGGCAAGAACGGCAAAGGCGGCUCUGAGAACGCCAAGGCGCCGCCAGCCAAGGCCGAGGAGGCCAAGCAGCAGGCGGCCUCC